AUGCUGACCAAAGACCAGCGCAUGCAGAGUUGGAACGUGCGGUUCAUGGUUGGUACGGAUGCUGUCGCCGGAAUUUAUCAGCGCAAUGACAUGCUACACAUUGCCGACGUCGCGCGGGAGAUUCACCUCUGUCUCGUCUUCAAUCGCCCCGAUGCCGAAUCGUGGCAGCCGGCGCUGCUCCUGCGCGACGCGGCUACUGGCCCCAACCAAGUACUGCUCGUCCUAGAUCAGCAAGACCAGACUCUAUUCCCAACCCCAAGAUCGAAGGACGCGCAACAGUACGACUUCGUCUUCCACCAGCACACCCAGUGUGCCGGGGAAAGCACACAUUCCCUCGGAGACUCGUGCAUUCGCCGCGCCGAUCUACCCAGACAACGUUACGACCCACGGUACCUCGACAUCGGCAAAAAGUUUACAGACCCUCGAAUCCCGACUGUCCCGCUGCGAAAGAUCGCUGGCACAAAGCGACGCAAUAGCUCCUCUGCAACUGCCUCGAUAUCGAAUACGACCAGUGCGUCGCCUGGGAGGGCGACUACCGCAGACGAUGAGGUACCGGCGUCUAUCAUCUCUUUCGAAGAAGCGCGUCCCCGUAUCAAUGCAUUCCGGUCAAACGUCCUCGCGAAUGGGUAUAUAUGUGCCUUUAGUGGGAUGGGUAAGUCUUGGCUACCCGGCGGCGUAGCCGGCCCAGGUGUCGAGGCCGCUCAUGUGGUUCCGCAUCUCCACUGGCAUACUUACCCUUUUGACGAUGAGAUGAGGGUGGCAGAUAUCAAUAAUCCCAUAGAAAUGAAGCAAGUGUGGCAGCGGACGUGGACAUUCUCGAACGGGUUGCCUAUGCUCAGCCACCUUCACAAGUGCUUUGACGAUCGAAUCAUCUCCAUUCACCCCGAAACACGGCGCAUACGAGCCUUCGCCGACUACGAUAUUCUGACCCAGUAUCACGGCCAGCUGGCACAUCUACCGGCAAAUAUCGACUCGAAGGCCUUGCGGCAUCACUGGGACAUGUGUUGCCUGGAAAAUAUGCGGUCGUGUUGGCUAGUUCAGGAACCUGACCCGAAGACGCUGGUCUUGACACCUGUGCCACGCAUACCUCUCGGCGGCAGCAUCGACAGCGGACAGAACCUACAGCAAACAACCCCGCAAGCGCCAGCUCCAUUCUCAAACCCGCAGCGCCCGCCCCGGCCAGCAAGCCCUGAGGAGCGGAACCUACAGUCCGAUCUGCAGACCCUGAGCCCGAUCUGCGACCUAGAACCAGAAUCUUAUCACCCUACAUACAAGACAGAAAAUGCUCGCGAACACCCGCCUUCCCCCCCGUCUAGUGAACCAGGCCCGGAAAAGUGUGCAUUGUGGUGGCUGGGGAACGAGGUGAUCGACAACGCGGCCGACGCAGAGGCUCUGAUGCGGAAGGGCUGGCUUCUCGAGCUAAUGAGUGAAGAGGACGUGUCGUCAAAGAUAGUACGGCGUGCACUCAGCCGAAGGCGUAGGCAGCGUGCGGGGGAACAGCAGCUGUGGUGGUGUGGGACCGAGGUCAUCAACAACGGGGCCCAGGCCGAGGCGCUGACAAAACAGGGAUGGCUUCUUCAGCCUAUCGAUUUGAGCGACGACGAGGAAGAAAGUAGUGACGAGGGGGAGCAGAGUGGGAAUGACGACCCCGACGCACAAUCUAAGGCACUGGUGGAAUGGCUUAUUGUUUAG